UAACGCUUCAGUUCACAUUUUUCAAGCUUAGAGAGAGAGCAUGCAAACGCUGAUUUUCUCCUUCUGCGAUCUCUAGAACGCGAUCGUCUCACGAGCUAUAAUCUCUAAACGCGUAUGUAUAGGCACCUUGUCGUGAUUGGAUCCGGUUUGGCUAAUGAUUACUACUGGUUCUGGAGCAGUUCGUAAUCAAUCGUAGCUCAUUUUCGAUCCUUCUUGAGGAAUCUCGAAGGGAACAUGCUGAUUGAAAAUGAGACAACUGCCGUUCAUGGGAUUUGUUUGCACAGUUAUGCUGUUUGUUGUUUAUAGGACCACUAAAUAUCAACAUCGACAGACAGAGAUAGAGUCCACGCUGUACCCAUUUUACACAUCAAAAGAAUUUGGUAUAGAAGCAAUAAAUUUGAAGGGUUUGCCACAUGGAAUUAUUCAAGCAAGGUCAGAUUUGGAGUUAAAGCCUCUAUGGUCGAAGUCACGUGUUAACACUUCGUUCUCUCAUAAAUUGUUGGCAAUUCCUGCUGGUGUAAAACAGAAAAGUAAUGUUGAUGUUAUCGUUCAAAAGUUUCUUGCAGAGAACUUCACUGUUAUGCUAUUUCACUAUGAUAGCAAUGUGAAUGGAUGGUCGAAUUUUAACUGGAGUAAGAAAGCAAUACAUGUAGCUGCACAUAACCAGACAAAAUGGUGGUUUGCCAAACGUUUCCUGCAUCCAGCCAUUGUCUCAAUUUAUGAUUAUAUAUUUUUGUGGGAUGAAGAUUUAGGAGUGGAGAAUUUUCACCCUGGAAGAUACUUGGAAAUUGUUAAAGAUGAAGGAUUUGAAAUAUCCCAGCCAGCUUUAGACCCAAACUCAACCGGUAUACAUCACAGAAUUACAGUACGUUUGAGAACAAAUAAGUUUCAUAGACGGGUUUGGGAUGAUCGGGGGAAUGCAAAAUGCUCAGAAUCCAGUGAAGGCCCUCCGUGCACUGGCUUUGUGGAAGGAAUGGCUCCAGUAUUUUCUAAAUCGGCUUGGCAAUGUGCUUGGCAUCUCAUACAGAAUGAUCUUGUUCAUGGCUGGGGAAUGGACAUGAAACUUGGAUAUUGUGCUCAGGGGGAUAGAACUAAGAAGGUUGGAAUUAUUGACAGUGAAUAUGUUGUUCAUCAGGGUACACAGACACUUGGUGGUCUAUCUGCAAAAAAGGACACAAAUUCUGAAGAAACAACAAGGAGACACGUUGUUGAUGUUCGAGCCGAGAUAAGGAGACAAUCGACAAUAGAGCUACAGAUAUUCAAGGACAGGUGGGAACGAGCCGUGAAAGAGGAUAAAAUCUGGAUCGAUCCAUUUAGUAGAAGACGAAAAAGAAAGCAAAGGCUUCACAAGAAAGCAUAAAAUAUAUGAGAAGCUUUGAUUAAAACCACAAUUACUGGAUACACAUUGGUUUUUGGUCUUGUAUUGGAAGAUCUUAGUUGUGAUGGCUGGUCGAUUUUUGGGGUAAAUUUAGAUCCAGCUCUAUUAUGUCGUGAUAGAGUACCCUAAAAUGACAUAUUUAUAUAUAUACGGCGGAUUGGAUAUACGAGAUAUUUACUUGGUUUGCUAUUUUUUUCAUAUAUCAAAUCAUUUAUUUUCGAAAUGUUUCCGGAAAAGGGGUAUUUAUGGUUUUUUUU